AUUAACCCUGGGAUGAAGCAUUACAGGCUCACCACCAGGGGGCGCCAGUACCAGUGAUUUUAGCCACCAGCUGCCUAGUAUGCUGCAAGUGCUAGUUGCAUACAUAUAAAGCAGACUUACAUGGAGAGACUACACAGGCUGAAGGACAUGUAUGCUUUUAACCCUGAGAUGAUUUUCUGGGCUACACUUAGUAACUACAAACACAGCAGCCCAAGGCCCGUCAUGCCUGCCGCCACAGAGAAGAACUCCAGGUGCUGGGAAAAAAGACUAGAAAUAUACCAUCCAGGUGCCAGUGGUGAAUUCACAUGCCAGAGAGUAAGAAGUGAUCUUCUUUUAAAUGUGAAGAUGAUUUUGAUCUACAUGAUCAUCGCAGCUCCAGCAAUGACCGCUGUGGCACAAGGGUCUUCAGAAUGCAAUCUAACUGAACCUGGACCCCAGACGUGUUUUGGAGUUUUAGGAGAACCACUUGUUUUUUACAUACCUAACAAGCCACAUAUAAAGACAAGCUUGAAAAAGAGUACAGAUAACAUUUUAACCUUAAAAAAUGAUACAUUAAUUAGUCUCAAUGAAAAAUACAAGAAUCGUACUAUAUUCUUCACAAAUGGAACAUUGAAGCUCAACAAAGCAACAAAAAAUGACUCUGGAGCGUACAGGAUGGAAACACACAAUUCUACUGACGGUGUGUUAUUGUACGCAGUUAACAUCCAUCUACAUAUACUAGCUCCUGUGUCAGAACCAGCUGUUACGCAGAUGUGUUUGUCACCAAACCAGAUGACAGUCAGCUGUUUCUCUGAAGGAGCGGAAGUAAAGUUUAUUUUGUCUUUGGAUGAUAAGACAAACUUACAGCCUACAGGCAACGGUAUAGAAAACCACAACAUUUCAAAUGUUACUAUCAACUUACCUGGUCAACUGAUGGGAAACCUGACAUGUGUUGCUCAAAACAAUGUCAGCAGAAAACAAACUAUCACCCACCUUACAAGCUGUACAGCUCCUGUGUCAAAACCAGCUGUAUCUCAGAUGUGUUUGUCACCAGAACAAAGGACAGUCAGCUGCUCCUCUGAAGGAGAUGAAGUAGAGUUCAUCUUCUUAUUAGAUGAUAACGUGUUGAUCAAAACCCAACCCAACAUUUCAGAAAACCACAACAUUUCAAAUGUUACAAUCAGCUUACAUGGUCAGCUGCUGGGAAAGUUGAUGUGUAUCGUCCAAAACAAUAUAAGCAGAGAACAAACCAUCAUCCACCUUAUAAGAUGUGCAGGUAAUAUUUCUGACCACUGUGUUGUGACUGUGGCUGUGGUAGGAAGCAUUGCCAUUCUACUCAUUCUGGCUGUGUUUCUUGGUAUUCGGAAAUUCCAAAAGACAACUGGCAUUAUGACUGUUAAUGAAGACGAUCCUGAAGAGGAUGUUGUCUACUCAGAUGUUAGACUGAAGCAGGAUGGAAGAGAAACAAGAGAAGCACCACCGAUUUCAAAUCAAGAUGAAAGUUAACGUUGACUUUCGGUCAAGUAGCUAAUAAAACUAUGCCAGGUUAGCAGUUCCAGCUGUGCAGUUAAUGUAAAGGUAAACAUAUUUUACAAGUACUCACUGGAUUACUUUAAUUUUGAAGAUAAUUUUGAAGAAAACAUAAAGGGAUAAAAAAGGUAUUUAGAAGGCAUUUAAUAUAAUGAGAUAUUAAAUGAAAUUAAAUACUUAAUACUUAAUAUUCAAACUACAUUUUAUUUGACAUAAUUUAAAUAAACUACAACAACCCUGUAAAAGUUCUAAUCAACAUUUUACAUUUAACCUUGGAGAUUGAAUAAAAGGCUUUGGUCAGUGAUGGUGCUUUCCUCGUGUUGUGUUUAGCAGACGUGCGCUGUGCCUCUUGUUUGAGAUAAAAACACAGUGAAACAUCAUGGUUACUUUUUUCUGUGCCGUCAUGACAUUAAAACCACAAACUAUAUCCUGUAUUCACUGAGCUGCUAAACCUCUAAACCAUGUGACAUUACCUAAGCUGCACAGACAUCAUUGAGAAAGAAAAAAACUGUAUAAUGCAUAAAACACUGGCUUGUUUGUUCACAAUUGAUGAUCAUAGUAGAGACUUAAGAGAUCUAAGAUCAUGAAAACAAGGUUUUAAUUUUUUUGAAGAUGUUUUACCUCUCAUCAAGUGGAAAGUCCCUGUUAUCUAACCCCUAGUAGGGGCUGUCCCUUAGGAGGUGAUCAUCGGCCCACUAUUAAUCAUCUGCGACAUGACAUUCGCCAUGGUGUGUAAAAAGGCAUGGGCCAUUACCACCAAAGGUUUUGGAUGAAACCACUGUAAGACCUUUACCCUAUCAUGUGACCUAUUGAGGGAUCUCAGGACUGCGUUGUGGGUAGCUGACAGUUGGUGUCGUAAGCUGCUCGCUCUGUUCGAAGGUGGUUGUUCACAGUGGAAAUAGAUGGUCUCUUUUGCUCCUCUUUCAAACCAACCAUCUGUCUUCUCAGUCCAAAAUGUGAACAUUGGCAUCCCUGAAAGAGUGACUUUGUCCUUUAGGUGCAGAUGUACAGCUGAGUCUUGUCCUGUCGAGGUGGCUCUUCUAUGUUGUGUCAUGUAUUUGUCGAGUGGCUAUGCUGUUUCUGUGCAGUGUAGAGCUCACUGCACUGCACAGCAUAUGCUUUGUUGCUUAGCUUGAGUUUUGGAUGACUGAGAACCAACAGAGACAUCAAGCAGCAAUACAAAAACAUGAAGGGCACAAACUCCCCUGCAGGCAAUUCUUCUAAGUAGUAUUUUAAUGCAAAGUGUGAUUAAUAUAAAUAUCUUGUGUAAGGUGUGAAAUGUGUGACAAAAGUGUUGACAUGUGUGAAAAAGUCAGUACAUGGAGUUUGUGAGACACGUAUAACUGUGUGUGUUUGGUCGGCAACCUGGUGAUGCAAUUCAAAUUUCAUUUUUUUUCAAAUGCAAUGACAAUAAAUGCAAUAAAUGAAGCUUGUUGACCAACAUUUAGAUUUCCAGUAAUAUUUGUCAGGUUUUGUGAUCUCAUGCCAUUUUUUUAAGUACAAUAAAAUCUGUGCUCUCCUCGUGUUUUACAUAAAUCUGUCUCAAAGUGUUACAUUUAUUCUCUGUAUGUAUCUCAAUCACACAAACCAUUAUGUUUAAGUCAAGCAUAACAUAGAAAGGGACAACGCUGUAAUAACCUCACAUGAAACAAGAAUUGGUGUUUUAUUUUGGUGUUUCGCUUUACAUGUAUUAUUUGGUGAUUAGUGAUAAUUCUGUGAUGAACUAGUAAAAGCUGUAACCUUUAGUAGUAAAUGGAAAAACGCAUAGUAUCAGCACUCAUCACAUGGUGGAGCCAAAGUUUUUACAGUUAACUAAAAGCAAUAAAAUGCAGAGCAUGUGAUCUGCAAGAUCUUGUGAAAUUCA